AUGGGCUCUAGCACCAAUUUGUUCAUGCGUCCUAUUUACUCGCAAGAGCAAAUAAACCAGUAUUUUGAUCGAAUCAACUUGCCCCAACAUCAUCGGGAAUCCCUCGUGAUCAAAGAGGGCCCAGAUAUUGAUCAUGACACUGCUCGGGUCUUUCUAGGAGUGUUGCAGCUCCAUCACCUCACAGCCGUCCCUUUUGAAAACCUCAAUUUGCAUUACUCCGCCCACCGCAGUAUCUCCAUAGACAGCCAGGAGGUCUUCGAUAAGAUUGUGCAUCCCAAUACUGGUAGAGGCGGUUAUUGCAUGGAGAAUAACACCCUGUUCGGAACCGUUUUACGAAGCUUGGGAUAUAGUGUCACCUCGGUUGGAGGACGUGUCAAUGAAGCUGUGCAGCCAAUGUCUGCGUCAAGGAACUGGAGAGGCCCGAAGUACGAUGGGUGGAACCAUAUGGUCAACCUUAUUACCAUCGGGGAGCAAAAGUAUCUCAUAGAUGUUGGCUUUGGCUCGAAUGGGCCACAUCAACCUAUACCUUUACAGCGGGAAUUUAAGUUCCACAAUGUUGGCGAUCAGUUUGGACGGCUUCUCUCUGGCCCCAUUCCUCAACAUACUAGCAAGAACCAAACCCUUUGGCAGUAUGAGGUAUGCAAUGGGGAAGGGGCAACAUGGACCCAGGCCUACUGUUUUACCGAGACGGAGUUCAUUCCGGAGGACUUCACGAUCAUUAAUUACUACAUGAGCACGAGUCGGGAAAGCUGGUUUACCUUCCACGUCGUAUGUGUGCUGAUGCUUUUGGAUGAGGAGAGUCAGAAAAUCGUUGGAGAUCUAACUCUGUUCAACAAUACGCUGAAGCGUCGUUUGGGAGCGACGUCCGAGGUGUUGGAAACAUUUACCUCCGACGAGGAGCGCGUGGCUGCUCUAGCGAAAUUCUUUAAUAUCCCUGUCUCGAAGGCGGGCCGAGAAAGUGUCCGCCAUACCAGCUCGGAGAUUCUAUAG